GUGCUACACCCCUCGGCGAAGCGUUUCCGCCAAGAUGGUUGUCGGUGCCUUCCCUAUCGCCAAGCUCCUCUACCUUGGAGUGCGGCAGCUGAGCAAACCCGUGGCCAACAGGAUAAAGGCAGGAGCCCGACGAAGCGAGUUUUUCAAGAAUUACAUCUGCCUGCCCCCGGCUCAGAUUUACCACUGGAUCGAGAUGAGAACCAAGAUGCGGAUCAUGGGGUUUCGGGGUUCUACCAUUAAGCCGCUGAAUGAAGAGGCGGCUGCUGAGCUGGGCGCAGAGCUGCUGGGAGAGGCGAUCAUCUUCCUCAUUGGCGGUGGCUGCAUGGUGCUGGAGUACACCAGGCAGGCUGCCAACUCACGCCGCAAAGAAGAGGAGCUAAAUGAAACUAUCACCAACCUACAGACUCAGCUCGGCGAGCUAAGCCUGGCCACAGAGACAUUAGAUGCCCAGCUGAGAGAAAUCAACAGGUUACUGCUGUCCUUUCCUGCUCCCACCCAAAAAUGAUUAGAUUGAUUCUUGUCUCGGUGGCAUGGGCCUGUUUGACAGUCUGUCUGUGUGCGAAGGAAGAAGAGUGCCCGACGUAGCACUGCCAUAUGUACAGCCUGAUAACAGCCCUGCCUCAUGCGGUUUACCCCUGCCCUCAGUGUUGGGUGCAACGGGUAGACCUGAGCAUACUUGUGCGUUGUGGUUUUGGGUGCUAUCAUCAGCUCAUGUUUUGAGCAACCAGUUCUAAAGGGGAUUGCUAUGAUAUUCAUAGUAUUUAUAUGCCUGAUUUUGCAUGUUCAUUACAAGCGACUGAACAUAAACAACAACAGCAAGGCAAUGGUAAACUUGGAUGUUGCUAUGUGUGAUUAAUUGGUUGUAUUUCAGUGAUAUUUUGGGGGAAAACCAGCACUUGUAAGGAAAUGAAUGGUGAUUUCCAUACUCCCUUGGGCUUGAAUCGUCUGUGAGGCGCCAUCGCUUGAUAAUGUCUGGUGCCAUUUGAAGAUAAGAAACAUAUCUUGCACUACAGUAAAGGUAAAAUCAGACUAAGCUACAACCAUUUUGCCAUAGUUGACCUAUAAGUCAUACCCCAGUUUCAGUUUCAUAGACAUGUGUAGUAUUUAUUUACAUCUCACUUCCCCUUACUGGUUGAGAGUUUGUGUACAUUGCAGGCUAUAGUAUAUAACUGUAAAUGGAUGAUGUAAAAUAAAUUAAAAAGAUAAAUGGUUUAAAUA